AUGCGGCUGGUCUGGUAUGCCGGGGCCUCGACGGCCCUCGCCGGCGGCGUGGUGUUCUCCGCGUUCAACCAGCGGGCCAAUUUCUACUCGGCCAUGGUCCAUCUGUCCCAGAGCAAUCUCUCCAUAGUGAUCCUACUCAACAUUGUUAUGUUUGUUUACAUCUCCUUCAUAUACGGUCUCCAACGAUUAUGCUACGGACAGCUUCGGCCGGUCGAAAUCGAGCAGCUCUACGAGAAGGCCUGGUUCGCCGUUACCGAAACCUGCUUGGCUAUGACAAUAUUCAGGGAGGAGAUAGGGGCUUUUUUCAUCGUCAUGUUUACGGCCCUCUUGACAGGCAAGGUCUGGGGAUGGAUUGGCGACGGCCGGGUCGAAGUCCUGGAGCAGCAACCACCCGCGAACCCGCGACUUUUCCACGCCCGCCUGAGCAUCUCGCUCAUUGUCAGCGUCAUCUACGACAUAUGGCUACUACAUUACGCAACCCGGACGGUUAUCCAGCAGGCCCGACCUAACAUGACGGUCAUGUUCCUGUUCGAAUUUGCUAUUCUCUUGGUUUGUUCAGUACAAACCGGGCUGCGAUACAUCGUCUCCCUUACCGAGCAGAGCAUUCUCAAGACUCAGACCCGUCAGGGGCUGGAGGCACGACGGAGGCAAAUCCGGGAGCAGAGAGCCGACAUAUUGCGGCGCAGAGAGUCCGGCGAGGCCACAGAGGAAGAGAUAAACGAACCGCUGCCUGACGAGAAUGAUGUCGAAGAAAUGGACAUCGAGGUGCCCGGCUGGGAGGCCAAGGGGCACUGGAUUCUUAUCUUGGAUCUUUGUGCAGACUUUCUCAAGCUCGGCAUUUACGGCGCGUUCUUUGCUCUCAUCCUUAUCUUCUACGGACUGCCUAUCCACAUCAUGCGCGACCUCUUCAUGACGACGCGAUCGUUCGUCAAGCGCCUCGGAGCCUUGUUGCGCUAUAGACAAGCGAUUAAGGAUCUCAACAGGUACCCCGACGCCACCGAGGAAGACCUCAACAGGGAAAAUACGUGCAUCAUCUGUCGAGAGGAGAUGCACCCCUGGAACCCAAAUGAUGCGGUUCGCAUCGAACGGACUCGUCCCAAAAAGCUUCCAUGUGGGCACAUCCUUCACUUCGGCUGCUUAAAGAGCUGGCUUGAACGCCAGCAGGUGUGUCCAACAUGUCGCCGUCCUGUGGUUAUUGGCGCGCCUGAAGCGGGAAGGCGAGAUGCCAACCCUCCCCCGUUUCGAGCCGCCGGGGUGCCUGGCAACCCCGCGAACUUGGCGCCUCAGCCCCCUGCCGGUAACGCUCCGAAUAACCAGCAACAGCCACAGCAGCCAAAUCGCCCAAAUGUCAGGAUGUUUGAUCUCGGACCCAUCAGGCUUGGAUUCGCUAGAGGCGGGGCCCAGGAUCUUCAGGAAAUGGCCCAGAUGAUGGGCGUGCCGGCACCACCUAUCCCUGAGAACAACCAUGCUGCUUUGCAGAACCCAGUGCUACCGCUACAGCCAGGCAUCGUAGCGCCGUCUAAUGUCGAAGCCAUCCAGGCCCAGCUGCGCGCUAUUGAGGAGCGAAUCCAGACGGAGGCAUUUUCAAUCCGAUUCGCCCAGCAGGAGGCUCAGGUGCUUAGGCUGUUACUGCAGCAGCUCGAAAUGAUACGUAAUGCGCAAGCCAGAAACCUUGCUGCUGCAGAACAGGACACAGUCGGGCCACAACCAUCCGCGUCGGGCAGUGGCGUUCAGCCUCAACAGGCACAACAGCAGUCUACAGUUCCUGAUUCUCAAACAAGCAAUCAUAGCCGACAGCCUGCAAGUACAGAUACGAGCUCUAACCCAGGUGUUGUGAACACAAUAUCCCAAGGCUCUCCGGGGGGUUUGCAGCAAGGCGGUCCGUCGGCGCACAACCUGCCUCCGGCAGUACAGUCACUCAGCUCAGUUGCUGGGGCUGGCUCGAUUGGACUCAGCCAUCACACCGUAGCACCAAAUACCACACCGAUCCCAGCUGGUAGCUCUGAUCUACCAGAAGGCCUUGUACUUCCUCCGGGAUGGUCACUAUUGCCACUGAAGAGGGCGGAUGGAAUGCCACCUGCCACGUCUGCGAUCCAAAGAACGGGAGAGAAGAGUCUAGUGGAGGCGGCGGUGGUACCAGAUGCAACCACCCAAAGCCAGUCUGCACAAGAAUCUAAGCUGGCACCGACUGAGUCCGCUCCAGUGACGGGAGGUGUAGGGACCAGAACAACGAGCCAGGACCAGAGGGAUGAUGACGAUAGUGAUACCUCAUCCUCUGAAGAAAGUGAGCAGAGCCACAAUGGUGGACCGACAAACUCCAAGGACGCGAUGCCUUCAUGGGGAGGUGCAGCGCAGCUCUUUGGAGAUAACGGGACGGGAGGAAAUAGGCAGCAGCAAAGUCGUCCAGCUGAUGAUAAGGGCAAAGGCCGAGCUGUAGAAGUUGAAGAUGAGGCCGAUCAGUGA